UGAAAGGAAAUAUAUUUUUUGUAUGUGUAAUGAUCCUUUAUUUUUUGAGUGCAAAUGCUCAAGAUGAUUACUAUAGCGAAACAGAAUGUGAUAUCUGUAUGCAGCAAAAAAUGACUACACUUAAUUUCUUCCAGCAUACAAUUUUUGGUGGAAAAAAUCCUAAUACAGUUCUAAUUGCUCAAGCCAAUACAACCAGAACCGAUGGUGUAGUUGAAUUUGGUAAUCUUUUUGCUCUUAAUAGUGCUUUAAGAGUAGGCAUUAGUCCGACUUCACGAAUGAUAGGGCGUGCUAAAGGACUCCAAGUCGGAGCCAGCCAAGAAUAUGAAAGUCCCACAUUCUUUGUUUGCUCGGAUUAUGGGUUCGAUAAAGGAAAAUUUAAUGAAAGUUCUUUCGUCAUAUGUUCAACGAAUUCAUUUUCAGAGCCCACACGCGAGCUUGCAGUUAUCGGUGGACGAAAAAAAUUUAGAAUGGCUACAGGUUUUGCUAAGAUUCGAACUGCUUAUUUCAGUUCCACUCAGAGAUAUGCUAUUACCAAGCAUGACGUUACCUUGUUUCAUUGCUGAAGCUGUGGUCGGAUCUAAAUAGUUAUAUAAAGAAGGGCGAAUUAUUUUUUAAAUCCAAACU